CUGGAGCGGCUCCGCAGAGCGUCUAUCGCAGCUCAAGAGUUUGCCAUUUUUCAGCCAUAGUUAUGAUGAAAACCAAAUUCCUCAAUGCCUUAUCAUUCCUGGAUUUAUCCCUUUGUUCGACAAUAUUCAGAUUAGUUUUUGUCGAAUUUUAUUCGUCAGUUUUUAUUUAUUUUUAGUUUAAGGUGAGCAUGUGGUUAAUUUUGCGCGAAUUGCAGAGGUGCCACCCAGAGUGAGUUUGGCAGUAUGCGCCGCUGGGAUUUGAUUUCCAACCGAAAGGCUUAUGGAAUAUAGCCUGGUUUGCCACAGUCUGUAUGCCUUCUGGUCCAGCCCCGUGAAGAAGAAACUUAUCCUACUCAGCAUCAUGUUUGUAAUCUGGGUAUACAUGCUGUACUCCUGCGUAGGCUACUGCUCCAACAUGCCAAGUCUGGUGGUGGAGGGUAACCGGGGCAAGGAGACUAGUUCGGCUGUGGGCAAAAGGACAGAGAGCAGCAGGACGGACCUGGUGUCCAGACUGAUGUCCAAACCGCAGCCUUGGGAGGAUAUAGAGAGCGACUACGAGGAGCCGUCCAUCAGGACCGCAGCGUCUAGAGAUCUGCUCAAUAACGAGCUGGAGACGGACAGAGGCGACGACUGGGACGAGAUGCGCGGCGAGCAGCAGAGAGCGCCGGAUCCCAGCGCCAUGUCCAGCUUCUCCAACGGCUCCGGGAGCAAGAAGCUGCCGCAGGCGAUCAUCAUCGGGGUGAAGAAAGGAGGCACCCGGGCUCUGCUGGAGUUCCUGCGGGUGCACCCAGACAUCAGAGCCGUGGGCGCGGAGCCGCACUUCUUCGAUCGGAACUACGAGAACGGACUGGAGUGGUACAGGGAGCUGAUGCCGAAGACCCUGGAGGGCCAGAUCACCAUGGAGAAAACCCCCAGCUACUUUGUGACCAGAGAGGCUCCGGCGAGGAUAUCAGCCAUGUCCAGGGACACUAAAUUAAUCGUCGUUGUGAGGGAUCCCGUCACCAGAGCUAUCUCAGACUACACGCAGACACUGUCAAAGAAGCCUGACAUUCCCUCUUUUGAGAGUCUCACCUUCAAAAACAGGACUACGGGGCUCAUAGACACCUCAUGGAGCGCCAUCCAGAUCGGCAUCUACGCCAAGCACCUGGACAACUGGCUGCAGUACUUCCCCAUGGACCAGAUCCUGUUUGUUAGCGGCGAACGUUUGAUCAGCGACCCGGCCGGAGAGCUGGGUCGCGUGCAGGACUUUUUAGGCCUCAAGAGGAUCAUCACAGACAAACACUUUUACUUCAACCAGACCAAGGGAUUCCCGUGCCUCAAGAAAGCGGAGGGCAGCAGCAAGCCGCACUGCCUGGGAAAAACCAAAGGCCGAACCCAUCCGAACAUUGAUCCCGAGGUGGUGCAGAGGCUACGGGACUUCUACAGACCCUUCAACAUGAAGUUUUAUCAGAUGACGGGACAUAAUUUUGGUUGGGAUUGAUAUGGAAGCCACAAAAGACAUUUUUUUAAAAUCAUUGAGGCAGUUUUUUUUCUGUAAAUCAAUCGCAAGAUGUGGAGAAAUUGCUAUAUAUAUGUAAAUGUACAGAAAUCUAUUUUAUAAUAAUUUAUUUUUAUUUCUAAGCAAUUAAUUCACUAAGCUGCCUAACCAUAUUUGUACAUAACAUCUGACCCACAUGUUGUUUUAACAUUCCUCAUCUUAGGUCUGAAUUCUCCUGCUCCGCUCUUGUGAUCCUGUAAACUCAGUGGAUUUAUCGGUGCUUCAUAAUGCAGAUAAUCAGCAAUGACUGUAAUAGAAACUAAGAUGGAAGAUGUAAAAGCACCAUAUUACGGGUACAGAGUGCUCACAGAGAAGUGGAGAACACCCAUCCAUGCAUAUCCUCAUUUAUAUGUGCAUCAUAACUUUACCUCCAUCCUCUUCAAACUUUGAGUGUGAUCUUUUAUAAAGUGUUUCACAUCCUUUUUAAAGCCCAGUUUUCAUGCACUUGCAUCAGCCUAAGCAACAGAGCUAAUGUCCUAUUCCACUCAAUAACAGGUUGAUCAAUAGGCCUAAUUGAUACUCAUUGUGUCACUCAUGCUUAAAGUAUACAGCUGCCCUUUCAUUCUCAGCACUCCUGCUGCCUGCUCUAAUGAAUGACCCAUCCAUCAAACGUUAAAUCCCAUCUCGAACCACAUAAGGGCCCAUGUUAACAUUAUGGUAAUCGGGUAAAGGUAGCUGGCAGAUCGAUCGAGCCGCCGCUCCCCAGCUCCCUAUUAGAAGCAGUGUUGGCUCAGAGCCAGGCUCUUGCCCUAUCUGCUCAGUUCAAAGGUCACACAAAGUCUCAAUCAAAUUUCCUUGAGAAGCAUUUGAUUUGUUGAGUGCAGAGUCGGAUCUCUGCAGGUCAGGGGAAGUGUGUGCCUUCUUUUCACUGUCUUUGAGUGUGAACCUCAAUCUUUGCGUGGAGCAGCCGGGGCAUAUCUGCCAGAAAUCUAGCAGAAAGGUUGAAAAGAUGACAAACAAACAGCAACUAGGUUUUGCCUCAGUGAAAUGGCACUUCUUCAAACAGAAAGAGGUCCGCCAGGCCCUGUCUUAGAUUGCAGACUGACGAGAUAAAAGGAGCAGGAAAGGUUUUUGUGAAGCACUCACAGCACAGCAUGACUAGCCUCAGGCAGGGUUUCCUUGUCUAACCUCCGGUAUCAUCAGAAAACCUCAUGUGCCAUCAUGCAUGGCCUAUAUACUUUAUGCCUUAUUCACCAUCAUCAUCCUCACAUUUCACCUCUGCACAAUAGAUCUUAAAACUCUACCUGUUGCCAAAAAAAAAAAAAAAAAAAAAAAAAACAACUGUAGGGUAAUAUCAUAUUUCACACAGCUUAGACUCUAUGUGCUUUUCCCUGCAUUGCCUCUUAGUUUUUCUCUUUCUACUUGAAUUCUUGAUAUGCAAGAGGGAGAAGACGUGUGGUUGUUUUCAAUGAUGCCUCUCCAGCAAGUGGCACGCUAUUAUAUGGGCACAUGAGAUUCUGUGCUGCACUAUGCUAUGCAUGCUCUGCGUAGUGGUCAUUAUGUAAAUGCAGCAGGCAUAAUAGGAAGUGGUUAUCUGUGUCCAGAGAAGGGUUUCAUGUGUUUAGGCAGAGCCCAGACUGAAUGUACACAAGCUUUCCUCACAUAAUUCCCUCAAAUAAUUUUAAAGUUCAAUUUGCUCAUCCUUUUCUUUUAAAAUUAAGAAAAAAUUGUGCCUCUUUAACUGUCCAAUUCACAAUUAUAAGCCUGCUCUUGUCAUAAAAAAACAUAUAUUGAUCAAUCCAGCUGUACUUUGCAGUUGAAACCAACCAACUGAUUUACCUCCAAACCAGUGGUUGCAGGAGAGAUGGAGGAUGUUACACUGUACUUUUUUUUUCUUUUUCUGAAGCAGUAUCUUUUACUUUCAUUCUGCCUGAACGAUGAUACUUUAAGUGAGAAUUUAUGAGGAGAAAGGUUUCACGUCUCCCUCUCUCCUUAGUGCAAUGUUCACUGAUAAAAAAAAAACAAAAAAACAAGCAUUUAAUGAGUUCUUCUCUAAACAAGCAACAUCAGACAUUUUCCCUUAAACUUAU